ACACACACACACACACAUGUUCUUUCGGUGUGUUUGUCAAAACAAAGCAUUAAGUGGUUUUACACACAGGGUUUAUUGUGAACGCACACAGUAUAUCGUGAGGUCUGGGCAUGCUAGAGCCAGGCCAAUCUGCUUAUGCUGGGUGAAGAAAUGAAAACUCCUUUCUCCGGGAGCUUGGCAGGCUGACAGACCAGCGAAGGGAGAGUGGCGUAGGAUUAUCCUCAAAGACUGUCAUUACCCUUUUGCUGUGGAUCCUAAUUUGGAAGUGUGGUAGUAGUCUUACCCCGUAAUACAACUGCAGUGGUGACUUUGAGUUUUGCCAGUGAGGCCAACUUGAAUUUCACCCGUAUUUUGAUGACUGUUUGACCCACUGUAUUAUUCAGAGUUGAGUGCAGUCUAGUAUUGACUCUGGAGAGUUUGCCAAGUGCUCCUUGAGAUUCUUGCCACACUGCGGUAAAUUGGGUAUGAUGAAUCAUAAUGAGGCAUUUUAUUAUUGGCAUCAAAUAUCUGCUCUAAUAUCUAUAUAACUUUCAUAUUUAUAUACAUUCGGUGCAGCAGUACUGUUAAAAUACCAACUAUUAGCAAAGUUAGUAAUUAUGGGACUGUUAUUGAAACCCCCAUCCAUGUGCUUAGCACAGACAAAAGAUAAUCUACCUCUUAUUUAAUCUAGGCAGCAAAGUCCUUUAAAUGUAUCUGUGGCUCAACUGACUUGCCUAACCACAGUGAAUUGUGUGGUUUCAUCACUGAGUUGAGCAGAGCUAUUUGUCUAAAUAAGCACUGAGAUCUUUGCCACAAAUUAAGGCAGACCGUUUGCUCAUUUUCUCUUCCCCAACUUAUCCACUGUGGUUUUAUUGAUUUGAGGGCACUCAUUAUAGGCCAGACAGGUUGUCUAUAAUGAUAAUGAAUGCUUUGGAGGAAGGAACGACUAAUGAAUGUGUCUGAGAUCAUCUCAUCAGCUCUUAGUGUGGAUUUCUCCAAGGUUGGAUUCAUUAGCGAAGGGAACUUGGGACGCCGUGGAAGACGAACUACACGUGUUCGGCUUUAACCUUUCCUUUGUUCUUUUCCUGUCACGUUACUUUUAAGGCUGCUCGUUUCAAAGCGCACCCCGUAUGGACGAUGAGGAGGACGAUGUGUUUGAGCCAAAAGCCAACUGUUGGCGCACCACAUUCAGGGAGAUAAAGUGUGAACAUCGAGGCACACAGACACCCGGUCCUGCCCUGGUACCAAACAACGGCAUGCUGCCCUGUGGAGUCGCAGAGGAGCCCAGACCACUCUUCUACGGUAACGCAGGUUUUCGAUUGCACUUCCCGGCACGCUUCGAGCUCGUCGGGGAUCACAGAGCGAGUCGACAAGGAAGCACGGAGCAGCAAAACAGCAUGGAGCGCCUGCCCCGCCAGCGACCCGCGGCUCGCAGCGUGGAGGCCUGCAUUGGACAGAAACUCCAGCUCAUAGGAGACCAGUUUCACUGGGAACGCCUGCAACUGUAUCACCGAAACCAAAGGAACCAGGGGCCGAUGUGGUGGCGCCUGGCCGCGGCCAUUCUCAGCCUUCUGUUUGAUAGGGGGUUCAUAGCCGGAGGAGGGGGUGGAGGACGGAGGUGAGGCGACCUUGUCCCCCGUUUUUCAUUCAUCUCUGUGAGGAACUGGACUCCUACUGGCACUGUCUAAUCUAACACGGGUCUGUUUGGGGAGAAAACAAUUGAGGUCACCGCGGGACGGAGACAACCAACUUUUAUACCAGGUUGUGUUUUGGGGGUUUUUUGUUGUUUUUUUUCCUUCAAAGAAGAUGCCAUGUUGCUCUGAGAUUCCACUAAUGGGCAAUGUUCUUUCUUUUUUUUGGCAUACCUGUGGUGUAGUGGUUUUGUACAGUACAUUGUUCUUGUUCACUUUAAUGACCUCUCACAGAACCUGGGAAUGCCUUAUUCAGUGUCUUCUGCCAGAAUGAGUAUUGAGCAGUUUUGACAGGUAAGAGAAGAAGAUGGUUAGGAAGUGAAAGGAAACGCAGAGGAAGUUUCCCAGGUGACCAGUCAAGUCGAUUUUUACUAACUUCCAAAGAGGCGACUUCUCAGAACAAAAGCAUUUUGCACCUCACCUCAGUGAAACAUUUAUGUUUUCUUCAUUUUUUUUUACUUUCAGUUUGUCUUUUGUCCCUCCUUGGUUUUCUUUGAACACGACCUCUUGGUAUUGUUCAGAAAUACUGGGAACAGUAGUUUCCGCGCGUGUGAAAGUGAGCGCACGGUGAUAUGUCAUCUUAAUAUGCAAAGAGAGUCACGCGAUACAUGGCAGAUGUUUGGGUCUGCUGACUCUCUGGGUGGAGUCUGCGCUUCUUAACGUCACCGUCUGGUCAAACAAGCCAGGUGACUGCAUGCAAACUUGCCAGACAUCAAAAAGAAAGUGAAAAAGGAAAACAAGGCAUGUGCACUUGGACAUCUUGUGUUGUUAUUGUUAAAAUCCUUUCACUUAACCUGGGUUUUUACUGGGUUUACUUGUCAUUUGAGCCUUUUUCCUGCAACAUAUCGGGGGGCAAAUCUGACAUGUAGCGCACGUCAACGUGCCGACUCUUGCACGCAUGUAAACAACUAUUAGAGGUCUUGCACUAUAUUAGAACACAAGUCAAUCACGUUGUUGCAGAUAUCGUAACACCUAAACCAGCUGUUUUAUUCAUUUCACUUGACCCUUGUUCCCAGUAUAUUACUCUGAUAUUCCCUUUUGGGGGGUUUUUCCAAUGUUUUUUUUUUCAUUUGAUUGUUUUCAGACCUCCAUGCCCUUGAAGUGGAGCUGUGGAUCCACUGUUUUUGCACUAUACCACCCUUCAAAAGAUCCGAAUGUUGACAAGCUAACCUCUGUCUUGUAUGAAGGUUGAUUUUUUUGGUUUGUUUAUUUGUUUUUUUCAUUUACCACCUGUUUCCUUACCACCGCAUUUAUCCAUUCGCAUUGUCUUGAGACGUGCCUCAGUGUUGAGGCCUGACUGAACAUAAUCUGGAUGACACUUCUCGAAAGAUCGCUCACGCAGUUUUUCAGACCACACUGAAGAGUUGGAGAGAGACACGUUGGCUCGGUUAAAAAGGUUUUGAUUUUUUGUUUUGUUUUUUUCACGGCCCCGCUGUAUCUUCAGAACAUCGAAACAAUAUGCCGAACCCAGUGCGCAAAACGAAAUCUCUCAGGCCACCUUUUAUGGGGUAUAAAUAUUGUCGUUGGUGCUGAGAUCCAGAUUUGGGAUGUUUGAGCACAUAUAAUCACCACUGACUCAGCAGACGGGCAGUCUCUGAAAUGGACAAAAAAUAGAAACGAAAAAGUGAAAAAGACUGUAAUUAUUGUUGAAAUAUGAAUAUGUUUAAAGACACUGUCAAAGAUGCUGUUUGUUGUUUUGUUUUACUCCUCUUUCAUUGCUGAACCCAGGCCAACUUUUGGACCCAAGGAGCAGUACAUAUCAGGGGUCUGUAAUUACAUGCUCCUUACAAUGUGUCAAGUUUAUCACUGCAUGACGAUUAGGUUCUUUCUCUUUUUUGUUGUUGGGCUUUUUUUUGUUUUUUUCUCAAGAUGUCUCAGGGACAGACUUUUGUGGGCUACUGGUAACCUUGAGAAUCUGUUACAUGGUUAGAAGAAGAGCUGUUCUCGCCGAUUAAUACGUGACGAAACCCCCUCGAGGUGUUGUCGCUUCUCCCAUCUCCAUUUUAACCUAGAUCUCGGCCAACUUUCUCAGCACACGCUUCUUAAAGGUACCGUUCGACUGAGGAGUUUGAGGCUGACUUGCUGGCUGUGGUGGGGACGGAGCUACUGAGCGUAGUAGUCAUAGGUGGUGCGAGGUGCACUGAAUGUGGUUGUGGUUGUAGUUUCCUGCGGAUCGUGAACGCUGAGCCAGUCCGUGUAGCUCCCCGUCUCACCAUCAGCUCUUGACUUCCUCUUUGUGCUGCUCCUUCAUUACAUGGUUGUUGUUCAUCGGUUCACUUUCUUUGUAAUUU